AUGUCAGAUCGAGGCCGAUCAGUCUCUCGGCGACCUCCUAAAAAUGUGGAGCCUCCGAAAUUCCUCUGGUAUUCCACAGCUUUCAAGCACAAUAAAUCCAACAAUAACUGUUUGUACCAUCGAAUAUUGGAAGAGCAUCAUACCAAGAAAUGUGACUUGAAUCCGAACCAUCAAGGAAAUAGGUUAUGCCGUUGCUUAGCAGAGGCAGCAAUGGCCAAAACUUAUACCUUUGAGGAGGUCGGUAAGCACAAUCACAAAGAAGAUUGCUGGAUUAUUAUCCAUGGCAAGGUCUAUGAUGUGACCUCAUUUUUGUAUGAUCAUCCAGGAGGUGGUGAUGUUUUCCUGGUGGCCGCCGAUGAGAAGGAUGCAUCCGUUGGAUUUGACGAAGUUGGGCACAGUGAAUCUGCCAUAGAAAUGUUGGAAACAUACUAUGUUGGAGAGCUUGAUACUGACACCAUUACUUCUACCACUGUUUCCGGCGGAGAAAACCAUGCUCUGCCGCCACACGCACCCGCACCCGCCGCCACCAACGCCAAUCAUAGCUUUGCUGUGAAGAUCCUGGUGGCAUUGCUCAUGCUGGCGUUGCCUUUUGUUGUUCAAUACUACUAUGGCAAAGGAAACAACCCUCCCAAUGGUGAAAACUGAACAAGUUGAGCUACCUAUGUACUUUGAGAGGAGUGUUAGGGACAGUAAUUUUUGUGUUUUAUACCCAUCAAUUGGUCAUCAAUAGUAUUUUUAUUGGUGUGAGAUUACAUUCAAUAGUGGGAGAUCACUCACUCUU